AUGGCUCCUACGCUGACGAGUAGGCAAGCAGAAGAGCUACACAAGUCCAUCAUAGCAUACCUGUCAGCGAACCAGUUGCCGAAUGCUGCCGCCGCGCUCAGGACAGAGCUGAACCUCGGGGAAGAUGUUUUCGAUGCAGCCACAGCUAAGAAGUACGAGACAUUGCUGGAGAGGAAAUGGACGAGCAUAAUUAUGGACCUCGAGACCCGAAACGAAACAUUGCAAUCCGAGCUCGAUAAUGCGACCCCAAGCUCACUCUCGAAGCGCAACGACCCAGCAUCAUGGCUCCCCAAAUCCCCGCCCCGACACACCCUAGAAUCGCACCGAGAAACCAUAAACUGUGUCGCUUUCCAUCCAAUAUUCUCCUCCAUUGCCUCGGGGUCCGACGAUUACACCAUCAAAAUAUGGGAUUGGGAACUGGGAGAGCUGGAGAAGACAAUCAAAGGCCACACAAGAGCAGUACUGGAUGUCGACUACGGCGGCCCUCGUGGCGGCUGUCUUCUGGCAUCCUGUAGCUCCGACCUGACCAUCAAGCUGUGGGACCCUGCAGACGAUUACAAGAACAUCCGAACCCUACCAGGCCACGACCACAGCGUGAGCGCCAUCCGCUUCAUACCUUCGGGGGCCGCCGGCGCGCCACUAUCCGGGAAUCUGCUCGUCAGCGCGAGCAGGGACAAGACCCUCAGAAUAUGGGACAUCACCACGGGAUACUGCGUGAGGACCCUCCACGGCCAUAGCAGCUGGGUCCGCGACGUAUGUCCCUCGCCCGACGGCCGCUUCCUCGUCUCGACCGGCGACGACAUGACCGUCCGACUGUGGGACAUCUCGGUGCUGGAGCCGGAAACAAAGCUGAUAAUGUAUGGUCAUGAGCAUUUCAACGAAUGCUGCGCGCUCGCACCACCUUCCUCGUACCAAUAUCUGGCGCCCCUCGCCGGGCUGAAGAAACCCCCGCCUGCGAGUAGCACGGCCGAGUUCAUGGCCACCGGGUCGCGGGACAAGACGAUAAGGCUCUGGGACGCUCGCGGGACGUGCCUUGCGACGCUGGUGGGCCACGACAACUGGGUGCGCGCCGUGAUCUUCCACCCCAGCGGCAAGUACCUGCUCUCGGCGUCGGACGACAGGACGUUGAGAUGCUGGGAUUUGAGCCAGGGGGGCAAGUGCGUCAAGGUCCUUGGGAACGUGCACGAGGCCUUCGUCACCUGCCUGAGGUGGGCCCCGGGAAUCAUCAAGGAGAGCGUCGUGGCCGCCGAGGUGCAGAACGGCGAGGCCGGCGGCGGGACGCCGAAACGCAACGGCGCCGAAAGGCCGGGCCCCGACGUGCAGAUCCGCUGCAUCAUCGCCACCGGGGGGGUGGAUCGGAAGUUGAGGAUCUUUGCGAACUGA